GGACUGGUGAAACCGAAGUACAGUAUAGUGUUUAGCUAGUUAAGUGGUUGUUCUUUCACAAAAUAGUCAACAGUUGUGCACGGCCUGGAGAUGUCAGAUAUAAAUAAGGCAUGACUGAUAUCCGCCAGUCCCUCCUGAGGCGCGAUGCGCUGAGCGCCGCCAAAGAAGUGCUCUACCACCUUAACAUCUACUUCAGUGGCCAGCUCCAGAACGCCGCCGGCCCCGCAGUGGACAACGCCAGCGUCGAGCUGGUGGAUGAGUUCAUUUUCCUUAUCCCCAAAGACCGCAAUGCACCACGAAAAAAGAUGAGCUCUCUGCAGGAGCUGCAGCUUCUGGAGGUCAUGUGCAGCUAUUUCCAGGAGCAGAGCAAAGAUUCACUCCGGCAGGUCGUCUUCUCUGCCCUCUUCGUCCCCCAGGGAAACGAGACCGACGGCUGCAGGAUGUCCAUGCUGGGCAAGCUGGUGUCCAUGGCCGUUGCCGUCUGCAGGGUUCCCAUUCUGGACUGUGCCGCACUCUGGCUCCAGAGGACCAAUGCCACCCACUGCGUGCGGCUCGCCAAGGUCCUGGUGGACGACUACUGCGGGUCGGUGCUGAGCCCAGGUCAGGCGCUCCAGCACAUCGUCACAGUCAGCCCCCUGUUCUGCUGCCAGCUCAUCACGGCCGUCACUGCCCUCUAUGACCUCUCCACAGAUGACUUGAUCCCUUCUUCGGAACUGCUGGAGAUGGUGGUCACCUGGAUCUACGACGAUCCCGGUCUGACCCUCCUCUCUUUCCUCAAUGCGCCUGUCCCGCCCAGCCGAACCCCAGGCUCCUUGGACCUCACCCCCUUGCUGGGGCUCAUUCGCUGGUGCGUCAAAUCCCCUUUGGCCUGCAAGAGGCACCGAAACCUUUCCCCAAUGGCCAGAGAAACCGCGGAAGGAGACGGGGGGCCGGAGUCCCUCUACUCCAAGCUCCACCUCAGCGUCCUGCAGAAUCUCAUGCUCUUGCAGGCGCACCUGAAGGAAAAUGACCUGUACGGGCGCCUGGGGAUCCUGUCGGUUGAGCAAGUGGCGAAGCUCGUCGGGGAGUUAGCCAGGCUGGCUGACGAGCUGAAACCUCUCAAUGCUGCCAAAGAAAUCGAGCUCUCCCUGAACAGGCUGGCUCAGUUGCUGCAGGUCGCCAUGGCGGCAGGGGCGCUGCUGUGCUCGAGAGAGGACCUGAGGUGUCUUUGUUCCAGACUGCCAAAAAACAACUUGCUUCAGCUGGUCAUGUCAGGCCCAGCCCUCCAGCCAACUCACUCUGUGUUUUACCCUGCCAGUACCUCCUCGUCGCAGGGCUAUCCUCCCCGGCUGACCCCUGUCACCCACCCAGCUCUCCCUUCCGCACACACAACGUUCUGCUCAUAACACGCGCUCCCCUCACGGAUAUUUGGACCAGGGGUGGCCUGUCCUUACUGCUCCGGGCUCUAGCAGCAAGCUGUGCCUUAUAAAUGUGCACUGUGUGUUUAGAAGGGCAAAGGGGCUGGAGCAGGAUAAUGCAUACAACCGUGUCAGUGCAUUGGUUCAGUCUUCAUCCAGUGAAAAAUGCAGCAGUUCUUUAUGAGCUGAAAAAAUAGUAAAAAG